CGGAGGUGACACCAUAACAUAUCCGUCGGGCGGGAGACCUCACCAUCAUCCUCGCACAUUUCACCAUAUUUCUCCUCGUUUCGGGCAAGAUUCGUGGUGCUGCGAGUGACAGACCCGGCGGGUGGUACAUCUGUGAUGUAGUUUGUGCUGAGAAGGAAGAAGGUAAACAGAGAGAUUUGGAAGGCGGGGGCGAGGACAGCGAUGGGGUAAAGAGGCCGGAAAGAGGAAGUCACCAGGACAGGAAACAAGAGGAGGGAGAAGAGGGGGGACUAGGUGCAGGAUCAGGAGCUCCUCAACGUGACCCUCUCCCCCACACUCUCACCCACACUCUCCCCCACACUCUCACCUACCGCCAGCAUGUCAGACUCAGAGGACGAGGCUGUGGAGCGCCAGGUGAAGCUGGUGAUGGUGGGAGCGCCCCAGGUGGGGAAGACCUCCCUGGCUGUAAGGUACACCCAGGAUAUGUUCAACAAGACCUACCAGGCAUCUAUGGGGGUGGACUUUUAUUUAAAGCGGUUGGUGCUGGGUAAUGAACGAAACGUUAAUGUGCAAAUCUGGGACGUGGCCGGGUCAGCCUUGACAGGCAAGAUGACGGAUAAGUAUCUGUACGGCGCCCACGCCAUCCUCUUCGUCUACGACGUGACCAACGGGAUCUCCCUGGACACCCUUCAGGAGUGGGUGGCGGCCGCCCGGAGAGCCGCCCGGGCCCAGGAGAGGCCGCCCAUCCUCGCCCUCGUGGCCAACAAAGCCGACAUGGAGCACGUGCGACAGGUGAAGAGCGAGCGUCAUCAUAGAUUCGCCAGCGAGAAUGUCAUGGGGUCCUACGUGGUGUCGGCCAAGACGGGCGAGGGCGUUGCGCUGUCAUUCCAGAAGGUCGUCGCGGAGCUGCUGGGAGUGCGCCUGACGAAGGCGGAGCAGGAGCAGCAGCAGCCGGUGGUAACGGCGGAAAUUGACACCUUCCAGGAAGCGGCUCUUGCCAAAGUGCCGCCCUUCGGCUCUACCUCCAUGUCCAGCGUCUGCAGCCUCAUGUAGCAGAAGUCUUCGCUUAUGUUUCUUGAAGCGCUUGGUGAGGGUCUUCGCGGAGGCUUCAGCAUUACUCCCAGUUCUAAAUGUUUUACGAAGCUUUCGUUGAACAAGUGAAUGUCCCCUAAGUGGCCGUUCAUGAAAAUAAGUGUAGCUCCUAUGGUGGAUAAGUGGCCUUCAGUCUUGUUUCGUUAAAUGUUUUAAGUCAAUGGAGUUCAGGAGGUCCUCGUUAGACGGUUUGCAAGGACGAGAUGUGGAUUCCAAUACCUUUGUCAGUGACUUCAGUUGCCAGCACAGGACGUUCGUUGUGGGCAUGAACUUGGACAUGGCUGUCACUCUCGUUGAUAAUUAAGACCUCGCGAGAGCGUUUUAAAGCUUGGGAUACGACGAGUAUUUCACUGCUCUUAAUGCCAUAUACUCUUUUCUUGAACGUCCUCUGGAGUUUAUCUUCAGUCCUCUGAUUAUUUAAAAAUUGCAGGACUUUGACGUGAAUCAAUAUGAUCUUUUAUAUUAGAUCAGCUUGAUGUUAAAUGUUUAAACUGAACUCAGCUGAACUGAGUGCUGCUGGAUCCAAUAUGUUAGAAUACUGGUAAAUGGUGACUUAUGUAAAUUAGAGACCACUACCGAGCGCUUUCUUACAUGUUAAUUAGAGAACAAAUAUUAAAAUUCCGAAUAUAUUUCUUUUCAAAUGUUAAUAAAUACAUUUUGCAGACUUGUGUAAUGUAGCCUAAAAGGACUCAAAAGCUGUGCACACUAAUUACAUACAAUAAUUACACUUCAUAGUUAAUAAUGAAGGUAACUGAAGCUUAAAAUUCGCACCACUUUGAAACAGAACAAAGAUGUGAAGCUUCGGCAGCUUAGAAAAAUCAAGCAGUAACAAGCACGUACAUUAAUAGUGACGAUGUGCAGAACAUUGUCAUUCAGCACCAAUAACAUUCUACAAAACAAUUGAAUAUUUCCGCUCAUAGUUACAAGUGAUUCCUUAAUUAUGGAGGAACUUAAUGGACUUAAUUAUGGACUCUAUGCUUCAGCAUGGAGUCCGAAUCUAGUCAAGCACGAGACUAAAUUAGAGAAGGUUCAGCAGAGACUAGUAUCCGAGCUGAGGGGUAUGAGCUAUGAGGAAAGACUACGGGAGCUUAACCUCACGUCGCUGGAAACAGAAGAGUUAGGAGAGACAUGAUCUUCACAUGUAAGAUUCUUAGAGGAAUUGAUAAAGUAGACUAAUACAGAGUAUUUAACACAGUUGAAUCACGCACAAGGGGACACAGGUGGAAACUGAGUAUCCAAAUAAGUCACAGAGGCGUUGAAAAACUUUUUUCUAGGGUAAUUAACAUAUGAAAUACACUAGGCAGUGAUGUGGUGGAGGCUGACUCUAUACACAGUUUCAAAUGUAGAUAUAAUAGAGCCCAGUAGGCUCAGGAUUCUGUACAUUAGUUGACUGACAGUUGAAAGGCGGGAUCAAAGAGCCCCUCAAGCAGAAUUAGGUGAGUACACGCAGUCCACGAAUCCGACUUCGAUUCCCGGCCCAGUCAGAAACAUUUGGGCAGAGUUUGUUUCGCCUGUGUUCACCUAGCAGUCAAUAGAUACCUGGGAGUUAGAUGUGAGCUGUGGGUGUGUGAGAGAAAUAUAUCUGGUAGAUGUGAUAGAGAAAAAUAGGCCGGGAGUUAAUACAUUAGACAUCUGAUGGUUAAAAAGGCGGGGUCCAAGAGCUAUCAGCUCGAUCCAGCAGCCACAAAUAGUAAAUAUAAAUGGUAAAUACACACCCUCAUAUAUGCACACACACACACACACACACACACACACACACACACACACACACACACACACACACACACACACACACACACACACACACACACACCACUGGCAAUAACAUUCAUAUACUUGGUCCACGAGUGACGACAAGGACAACACAGGUGACCCACGAGUGACGACAAGGACAGCACAGGUGACCCACGAGUGACGACAAGGACAACACAGGUGACCCACGAGUGACGACAAAGACAGCACAGGUGACCCACGAGUGACGACAAGGCCAGCACAGGUGACCCACGAGUGACGACAAAGACAGCACAGGUGACCCACGAGUGACGACAAGGACAGCACAGGUGACCCACGAGUGACGACAAAGACAGCACAGGUGACCCACGAGUGACGACAAGGACAGCACAGGUGACCCACGAGUGACGACAAAGACAGCACAGGUGACCCACGAGUGACGACAAAGACAGCACAGGUGACCCACGAGUGACGACAAAGACAGCACAGGUGACCCACGAGUGACGACAAGGACAGCACAGAUGACCCACGAGUGACGACAAGGACAACACAGGUGACCCACGAGUGACGACAAAGACAGCAGAGGUGACCCACGAGUGACGACAAGGACAACAGGUGACCCACGAGUGACGACAAGGACAGCACAGGUGACCCACGAGUGACGACAAGGACAGCACAGGUGACCCACGAGUGACGACAAAGACAGCACAGGUGACCCACGAGUGGCGACAAGGACAACAGGUGACCCACGAGUGACGACAAAGACAGCACAGGUGACCCACGAGUGGCGACAAGGACAACAGGUGACCCACGAGUGACGACAAAGACAGCACAGGUGACCCACGAGUGGCGACAAGGACAACAGGUGACCGAGCAGUAAUACCAGACCAGUCUCACCCCGACGCCAGGUCCCAGAAGGACGCCCUCAUCUCGCCUCACAUUCUUCCCAAGAAACCUCCACGACGGACAGGGAAAUAAUCUGUUUGGUCGAGGCUUAAGGGAGCGUCCUCCAAGGCCCAACGCCUGAAUGAUACCAAUGAAGGCACGACUGUCUAAUAGUAUUCAAUAAAUUGUAAAUAAAGUU